AUGAGCCACUGGAAGCAGCCUAUCGCCAUGAAGCCAAACGAAUCUAGCACAACAAGCGGCCAAAUCCUUCAUUUAGACCCAAAGGAUCAAUGGAAGCCCAUCGACUACAUACGUAACAUCGUAUUCUUCAUCCUCCGGCAUCCAGUACGAGAGGAUAUCUUGCGAACUUCUCUCGACAACUUGAUACGAAACCACCUCCCCAUCCUUGGUUCCAAGAUUCAGUCCGAUGGAAAGCAGGGAGGUCUGUUUUGUCAGCUCCCAACACCUUCCCACGAUGGCCUACUUUUCGGAUGGUCGAGCCGGCGCGUUCAAACAACUCUGGCUGCAAGCCAACUUCUACCCGCAUCAAACAUAUCAGGCAGUCAAGGGGUCAUAUGGGGGAAGUCAAUCGUCGAUUUAGAGAAAGAAUGGACUCCAACGACCUGGCCAAGAGCACGCUAUGAGGAUAAGCCAGAUACCGCAACAUUUCUUGUGCAUCUGACCAAGUAUGAAGAUGCGACUGUUGUAUGUACGAACAUUCCACACGCGAUUGUGGACCAGCUGGGAUUCUCUAGCUUUGUGAGAGCGUGGCUGCAAGUAGCGCGUGGGGAAAAGCCAGCUCAAUUCCUGCAACUUGAACGCGGGGCUCUAGAUGGUCCAAAAGACAUAAGUGAGAAGGAACUGCAGAGAAAGGCAACUUACAGAGUCACAACUGCCAAAGAGAGAGCUGGGAUCUUACUGGGUUUCAUCCCGGAACUCAUCUUGCAACCAUCCGAAACCCGACGACUCUUGGUUUUCCCUGAGGAUUUGAUCGCCAACUUACGUGAGAAGCAUCAAGCAAAGAUAGCUUUGACUCACGGCACAAAGUUGCAGCUGACGAAUGGGGACAUUGUCGCGGCUCUUCUGUUGAAGGCAGCUCGGGGUCGCCAUCCGGCACUCAUGGCCGAACAGCCAUACCUUCACAAUGCAAUUAUGUAUAGCACAGCGCAUUUUUCAAUCAGUCGAGACACUUCCGUAUGCGACAUAGCCUAUCACAAUCGACUUGCUGUUAUCGAAGCUCUCAAGCCUGAGAAUGUCGACCGGGCUUUUGCGGUAACUCGAGAGAUAGCUUUACGCGGGUACUCUAUCCAUACAUGCGAACCCGGAGAGCUCAGUUUUACCAUCACCAACUGGACAGCAGCUUGGCACGGGAUUGAUUUCUCUACAUGCCGUGAUCAAGCUGCCGGCGAAGACGAAGAACUGGUGGCAGACCCAGAACAGCAUGCUGAACCACAGCAUCUACCCACACCAUCACCGCUUGUAUUUGGUCACUCGCUUCCCAGAGGAAGGCCUACCAGAUGUAAGUGGGAUCAGAUUUCGCUGCAAGCUUCUGAUGUGGCUAAUUAUUGGCCGUUAGUCAACGCCCAGAUCAUGUGCAAAGCGGAAGGCGGCUAUUGGUGCGAUUUCACAUCAUCCACCAAGAACAUGGCCCUUGUUGACCAGCUUAUGAGUGUUGACCCAUUGCUGGAGUCAAUAUAG